UUAGCAUGGCUACUGCCUAAUCACAAAUACACUGCAGUGCAGUAGCGGAGAGGACAGGGACGGGUCGGCUACACUUUUGCUUCACAUUCUUCCAUUGUUUGCGCUUUUGUUUUAAUCGAAAUGGGGACGCGAGACGACGAAUAUGACUACUUGUUUAAAGUGGUCCUGAUUGGUGACUCUGGUGUGGGGAAGAGUAACCUGCUGUCUCGUUUCACUCGCAAUGAAUUCAACCUUGAGAGCAAAAGCACUAUCGGAGUGGAGUUCGCUACACGGAGCAUUCAGGUGGAUGGAAAGACGGUGAAGGCUCAGAUUUGGGACACAGCUGGACAGGAACGCUACCGAGCCAUCACUUCAGCGUAUUACCGGGGAGCCGUGGGGGCCCUCCUAGUGUAUGACAUCGCCAAGCACCUGACCUAUGAGAAUGUGGAGCGUUGGCUUAAGGAGCUCCGAGACCAUGCAGACAGCAAUAUCGUCAUCAUGCUCGUGGGCAAUAAAAGCGACUUGCGUCACCUCCGGGCCGUGCCCACCGACGAAGCACGUGCAUUUGCAGAGAAAAACGGUCUGUCCUUCCUAGAGACCUCAGCUUUGGAUUCCACCAAUGUAGAGACCGCUUUUCAGACCAUCCUGACUGAAAUCUAUCGGAUCGUAUCCCAAAAGCAGAUGUCCGACCGCCGAGACAAUGACAUGUCACCUAGCAACAAUGUAGUGUCCAUCCAGGUGCAACCUACUGAGAAUAAACCAAAGAUGCAGUGCUGCCAGAGCAUCUAGCGGCACCCGUACCAUAACCCCCCCCCCAAACCCCAACCACCCACCUGCAACACCCCCUCCCCUCCCCUCCCCCUUCAAGACUGCUUUGGGUCUGAGAUGCAGCUGCACAACUAGGCUUGAGCACAGAGGCUGGUUCCAAAGCUGGAAUCUCAAAGGGUCACCACCUGCAGUCUGGACUAAGCUUGUUUUUUUCCCUCCCUCCUUCCUGCCAUGGUAGGCUUUUAUAUUGCAGAAUUUUAAUAAUCAUUUGUGCCGAUCUUCACUGAAAUGUCUUAAUAUAUAAUUUCAUCCGCAAACGUGUGAGGUUCGCUCAUGUAUGUCUUUAGUAGCAGCCCCCCUUGUCUCUGGGGUGGAGGGGAGAAACGUGCAGUAUUGGAGGUUUUGCUAUAUUUAAUGUUGUGAUUGUAGAGAGAUGAUGUACCUGAUAGAUGUUAGAUGAUGAUUAGGGCCCAAAGACCACAGUCUUCACCUUUCAGCCAUCUUCCAAGUGUGGUUCUCAUUGCAUGUACACUCCCUUCAUGCAUUCGGCACGGGGCGGCAUCGCAUCACGUUCUUGAUUUCACCAUCAGGCCAAUGGAAGAGGCCUUAAGGCACAUAGCUACUGCGCUGUUUUCUCUUCGCCAUCACGUGCUUCAUUUGCAUCGAGGUAGAAUAGUGGUUUUAGUGCCUUUUUUUGAUGGAACGUUACACGGAGGACGCUUUCAUGCAUGUGCUUAAAACGCAACACCUCUUCAGCUGUCCGUGCCAGUGCGGCGAGGCCUUCAUCACACGCUAGAAUCACACUGUAAUGUAGUCCAUUAUGGACCUUUUCUUUUUUGUGUUACCAGCCCUUUCAGUUGUUGUCUUCGCAUAGCAAAAGUUCAAUUUGUAAUAAACAAGAAUUGAUGUCAUAAUUGCAGAAAGAUUGUUUCCUAAAGAGGGGACCGUACUACCAAACAGGCACAAGUUCUCUUUGAAACACUACCACAAACCCAUUCAGUAAGAAACGAGGGAAGACUUCCCCUAAACGUAACGUUAUCUUAACAUCCUCGCAACCUCAAACCCAUUGUACUUUUGCAGGUCACACUCUUGUCGUUAAAGUCGGAACAGGAAAAACACGCGGCAGUGAAUAGUGGCCAGCUGACGGCCGCAUCACAUGAGAGCACUCUAGGGAAUAGACUGGAUACUUUCUCUUUCUUUUUUAUUGCACUGAAUGUAAAAUAUCUCCCGCCACUACAGUUAAUGAUCUUAAGACCUGUAACUUGUAUUUAUUCUGUGGUAGUCACUUGAAUCGAGUUGUUAGCCUUUUAAUCUUCGUGGCGAAGUGAUGGGACUCUUAAGCGUUGAGACACAGUGUGAUAAUUUAUGAAUGUAUUAUGUGUUUUAGCCUACAAAAAGUCUUUGUCCUGAUUCCAGCAGAUGAGGAAACUACCACAAGCUGUGAUGCUCGUCUUCGCUUAAUGGCUGUCUAAUAAAAUUUACUCGGUGUGACAUGAAAUAUCAGUAAAGACUGAACUAAUAAUGCAUGUUAUAUAACGGUCACCACAGGUGACCUCGGGGUGGAAGAAUACUGUAGACCUCAGCAGUGGUUUAUUUUUCUUCAUCGAUCCCUUUGAGUUUAAUUACCCUAGCACUAGGUAAAACAACAUAGUUUGCUAAGAUCAUUCCCAUCAGGAUCAGAACACAUUCCAGGUGGAAUUGAAGGCCCUUAAAGGCUGCAAUGUAAUUACUGAAUCAGACUGAACCGACAUUACUGCAUGCAAGUCAUUUUACUGUUUUUAGUGAGUCUCCUAUAGCUUAUAAGCAGCACAUACAGUACUUAUCGCCAUCGAGAGGAAAAGACCUGGUGAUUAUACAAGCGUCAGGGUCUGUUUCUGUUCUUUUAGGACCCUGACUCUGAUUGUAUGACUGUUCUCUAGAGGCAGGGGUCUCUGGUGCUAACAGGGGCCGGUGCCAAUGAUGUGAGGGCACAGAUGGCACGACUAUGACCUGCCCAUGCACUGCACAUAGCUGGUGUGUCCUAGUAAGAUUACCCAGAUAUUACUUUUCUGACUGUCGGAUCUUUCACGUAUUGGCUCGAGAACCUUAUUUCUUUUUGUUUCUUUUGUCUGCACUGUACUGUGAUUUUAUUUUGUAUUGUUAUGAUUAUACUAUUACUCUGUCACCUGUAAUUCCAAUUUAAAAGAGCAAAUAAAAUAUGUAGUUAAUUCAAA